AUGUCAAGAGUUUAAACAGCAAAGAGUUAAUAAAAUAUUCGUUCAAUUGAGGAAGAGUUGGAACAUUAAAUAAAAAAAUCUGGGCUUCUUGAUGCUGAUAGAAAGAAUUUUUAUAAUAACGCUGAAGAGACAAAGCGUAAGAACAAUGAAAUCAUUGAACAAUUAAAAAAAGAGAAUAGGGAUUUAAAGAAACUGUAAGAUGAAUUAAUUGCAAAUAAAAGAGGUGCAAGUGCUUCUUUAGCAAAGACAUAAGGGGCAUUCAUAUCUUGGUCUGGAGACAUAAAAGAUGAGAAUUAUUGGAGACGUAAAUUGGAUGAUGCCAAACACUUAACAAAAGCCAAAAAAGAAAGAUUGAUUCAGUUGCAGGACAAAUUGAAUGAAGUAAGUGACACUAAAUUUGGAGUUCCAGAAGAAUCACCUUUGAUGAGAUAAAUUCGAAUAUUGGAAAAUAACUUGGAUAAAGUGAUGAUCAAAUAUAAUGAGGCAUAAUCAAUUAGAAAAACAUAUGAACAAAUAGUGAAGAGAUUGAAGGAAGAAAGAGUUGGAUAUGAUAAUUAAUUAGCAGCUAUUGAAAGAUCAUUGAAAGGAAAGGAGCAUGAUUAUGAGGAGCUAUUGUUAUUGGCUCACGAUGCCACUCAUGCAAAGGAGUUGGCUUAGGCUGAGUUGAAGAAGUAUGAACACAAGAAGGCAGCAGUGAGAGAAUUAAGAAAGACAUAUUUGGAUGCAAAGAGAAAGGCAAUUGAGGAGAGAGAGAAGGUUAUAUAGAAGUUGGAGAAAAGAGAAAAGGAUAAUGUAUAGACUUAGGUGGAAUAUAAUACAUCCAAUAUUCCUAUCCAGGAGUCAUCUAAUCCGAAUGUGGAUACAAAUAUCUAGAAAUAGAAGUUGGCUGAUUAUGAAGAGGCAUUUCAUAAAUUGAAGGAAGCUACUGGAUUCAGAGAUGUUAAUGAUAUCAUUUAGAAGUUUACUAGUUAGGAUGAGACUAGCAAAUCUUUGAGUGAUCUUAAGGGAGAAUAUUAGGAUAAGAUAGAGUAAUUAGUAACUGAAAGAUAGAAAUUGAGGGAUCAUUUAAAUGAUUUAAAGUAUGAGGGAGGAGAAGCAUUAACCAGAAAGUAAAUUGAUGAAAUUGAAAACAAUGUCAAUAAUGCUAUUAACAAAUGUGAAAGGACUAAAUUGAAAUAUGAGAGAGUUCAGAAGAUAUUAGUUAAUGUCAAGGCUGGUAUUGAACAUUUGUAUGAGAAAUUGGAGUUCUUUAAAUUAGAAGGAAAACCUAAUAUUGUGAUUUCUGAUGACACUUUAGUUGAGGGUUUAGCUUAGGUUGUUGAGAAGAUGAAACUCAUCUUGCAAUUGAUUAAGAAUGAUGCCUCUUAUCGUGCUUAGGAUUUCAAAUAGACUUGGAAGGAUUUCAAUAAGGAACAUAUUGAUUAAUUUAUCAAUUUGAAUUUAAGAGAUAACAACAUCAAACCAGAGAAUGUUAGUAGAAAUAUUAGAGUUAGAAUUCAAGACAAGGAAGAUGAUGAUGUUAGUGAUGGUGAAAUUGAAGAUGAUAUCGAUUAGGAGGUGACAGCCAAAUUGAAAUAAAAAUAUGGAGCUUAAGCUAAGGACAAGAAUGCCAAGAAGUUGAAUAAACCAAAUAAAAAAUGA